UCAUUUCAUUUUAUCUGAGAAUUUAGGGGCUCAUUUAUAUCUGUUGUCUUUAUUUUAUUAUUCUUAAAGUGCGCUGGUUGGAGUUGGGGUUUUGUACUAUAUAGACAUAAAAAUCUAGACCCGAAUCUCUCUCUCUCGUCUUCCUCCUUCAGCUUCCUUGACAAUGUCGAAUAUAGUUCUCUUCGAGGAUAUUUUUGUGGUUGAUAAACUUGAUCCAGAUGGUAAAAAGUUUGAUAAAGUGUCCCGCAUUGAAGCACACAGCCAGAACUGUGAUAUGUUCAUGCACCUAGAUGUGAACACAGAAAUAUACCCUAUGGCAGUUGGUGAUAAAUUCACCAUGGCAUUGGCUCACACCCUAAAUUUGGAUGGAACUCCUGACACUGGCUAUUAUACACAGGGAGCAAGGAAAACCCUUGCAGACAAAUAUGAAUACAUUAUGAAUGGGAAGUUAUACAAGAUCUCAGAGGAAGGUUCAGGAAAAGCAGUUAAAGCGGAGAUGUUAGUUUCAUAUGGUGGGCUGCUGAUGCUGCUAAGAGGGGAUCCUUCUCAUGUGUCUCACUUUGAGCUUGAUCAGCGGCUCUUUCUUCUUAUGAGGAAGCUCUGAAGCUCAUCACUCAGUUUGCCUCUAUGGCUGAUAUCCAUGAUGUGAUCUUUUGCGGACAAAUUUAUUGCUUACAUAGAGACUGUUUCAUGUGUCUUCAGUAUCUAAUGGUGUAUGGCAAACUUGAAGCCAGUCGGGUGUUUGAUUCUCUUAUAUGACUAUCCAGGAAAAACAUUGAUGGUUGGAUUGACAGUAAAUCAGUUUUUAACCAGCAAGACCUUCUAAAUUCAUGGUACUACAUAUUCUUUA